AUGCUCAGUAUGCCUAGGGGAUUACCAAGCAAAUGAUAAGCUUCAACAGAUACCUGCUUGUGGGCAUACAUUUCACAUGGACUGCAUUGACCACUGGCUGGCCACUCACACAACCUGCCCACUCUGCCGCCUUUCCCUCCUUACUUCUGCUAAAGCUUCAACUGAACCAGCACAUGUCCGUGCAGAAACGAGUCAAGGAUCUUUGGAUGCAGAAAAUGGUAAUGUAGCUUCUAUUCCAAAUAGCUCUCAAUCUUGCCAAGAUCCUCAAGUAUAG